GUGCCAUUCUGUCAUAAUUACACUAGUGGCCCCCUGUGCCCGACGCAGUGUUCCCACCAUACCCAGCUGUUCAGUGAGGGGCUAAAGGACUGGAAUGAGACAACUAGGCCUAGGAAAAAUGCGUUGCUGUGGCAUCUACUGCCAUGGGAGGCGGGGGUAGGGAGAAUGGCGUUGCUAAGGGACAGCUGGUCUAGCAAGAAGAACAGGGUCUCCGGAGUCGGCCGACAGGGCACUGGCGGGUGGCAGGAGCAGGCGGCCCCGCGGGGCGGGUCCCUGGGCCCCACCGCACGCGCCGGGAAAUAAAGGCUCCGCAGGGCGGGGCGGCGAGGGAGGGGCGGAAGUGACGUCGCGUGGGGCGGGCCCGGCCGCGCACAAUGGGCCAUGGAGUUCCCGUUCGAUGUGGACGCGCUGCUCCCGGAGCGGAUCACGGUGCUGGACCAGCACCUGCGGCCCCCGGCCCGCCGACCCGGAACCACAACGCCGGCCCGUGUUGAUUUGCAGCAGCAAAUUAUGACCAUUGUAGAUGAAUUGGGCAAGGCUUCUGCCAAGGCCCAGCAUCUUCCUGCUCCCAUCACCAGUGCAUCGAGGAUGCAGAGUAACCGCCAUGUUAUGUAUGUGCUCAAAGACACUUCAGCUCGACCGGCUGGAAAAGGAGCCAUUAUUGGCUUCCUCAAAGUUGGAUAUAAGAAACUCUUUGUAUUGGAUGAUCGUGAGGCUCACAAUGAAGUAGAACCACUUUGCAUCCUGGACUUUUACAUCCAUGAGUCCGUUCAACGCCAUGGCCAUGGGCGAGAACUCUUCCAGUAUAUGUUGCAGAAGGAGCGAGUUGAACCACACCAACUGGCCAUUGACCGACCCUCACAGAAGCUGCUGAAGUUCCUGAAUAAACACUACAGCUUGGAGACCACAGUCCCACAGGUGAACAACUUUGUGAUCUUCGAAGGCUUCUUUGCCCAUCAGCAUCGGCCCCCUGCUCCCUCUCUGAGGGCAACUCGACACUCUCGUGCUGCUGCAGUCGAUCCUACGCCCGCUGCUCCAGCAAGGAAGCUGCCACCCAAGAGAGCAGAGGGAGACAUUAAGCCAUACUCCUCUAGUGACCGAGAAUUUCUCAAGGUAGCUGUGGAGCCUCCUUGGCCCCUAAACAGGGCUCCUCGCCGUGCUACACCUCCAGCCCACCCACCCCCCCGCUCCAGCAGCCUGGGAAACUCGCCAGAACGGGGUCCCCUCCGUCCCUUUGUACCAGAGCAGGAGCUGCUGCGUUCCCUGCGCCUCUGCCCCCCACACCCUACCGCCCGCCUUCUGCUGGCUACCGACCCUGGGGGCAGCCCAGCCCAACGUCGCCGCACCAGCUCCCUUCCCCGGUCUGAUGAGAGUCGAUACUGAUAGACAGCUAACCCCCUCUCCUCCCUGGGAGACCUAGCGGGGCAAAGACCCCUUUCCCUGAAAACCCCAGACCCACUCUUCCAUUACGUCCCCCAGGAUCCAGUGGAACCUGACAGAAUCCAUAGGAUUCCCUCUUCCCCUUUCUUAGACAACUGCGUUGUCAGGGUCCCAGAUAACCUAAUACUUUGUAGCUUUUCUUACCAUAGAAAGCACCCCUUCUCUCCUAACUUGGGCUCUGAACCCUCUCUGAACAGAUAGCCCUAUUCGCUGCCAGACCCCUUGGUUGGGUGGCUCAUGCUAAUUAUCCAGAGAAGCACACUCUUGCUUGCUGUUAGAUUCUAGAACACCGUGGAAGGUCCAAGGGCCUCCUCUGCCAGGGAAACCUUUUAAGGAGUCUUGUCCAUGGAAGAACUCCCACAUUCCCUCUACAGUGUCUGCUGGUGGCUCUAAUGCUGCUUUGUGCUGCCUACCACCCUUCCCCUUUGAGCCUGCUGAUGCUGACCAAUGAGCUCUGCUUCAGAGCAGUCCAGUUAGGUAGGAUAGGGACUUACCAGCUCCCCAAAGGGAUCCACUCAACAUUGCCAAACUCUUAAUUUCCACGUUUUGUGUAUGCGUAUGUAUCGGGGAACCUCCAAGCUGAUGUCUGCUUUGGGGCUCUAAAGACUUGCCACACUUCUAGAGACACCGCCACUUCCCCCAGAUCCAGAUUCUAUGAAGGAGUUUGUUUCUUGGCAGUAGAUCCCAGCAAGCACCGUGGGAUCACUCUUAGCCAUGUUUCAGAAAAUAAACCUGAGUCUCAAGGAUCUAUUAGCUCCUAGAAUCCCCUCUUGCAUCCAUCCCUCCCCAGUAGCUAGAUGCUGAUAUUUCCUGUCUUGUGAGGUUGUCUUGAGAAGAUGGGGGAACUCUUCCUCUGGCCUUCCUUUUUUCUUUCCUCCUAGCAAGAACCUUCUUCCCUGCUCCGUACCCCCUCCCUACCCUCUGAGUGUGUGGUAGACCAGGUACCUCCACUGCCUAGUGUGUUCCCCAAAUCCUUGGGAGCAGGAUCUCCCUCUCUCCCGACUCACUCCUCCUUUUUCUUCUCCCUCUCAGUGUUGUCUGAAUAAAGUGUGAAUUCUUUUGUGUUUUUUAAAUGGACAUUUUCAAUGAAAAAAAACACUAAAAAAAA